AUGAUUUCCGACUUAGAGGGCACAUCGCCUGGUCGAUGUAGUCACGACCUACUUUUAUAUUCGCCCAAGACUUCGACGGUAGUCCCACGCAAGAAAUAUUUCAUCAAAACUUUGCAUAGAAAUUAGUUUCUUAAUUAACAAUAUGAACGAGAAAGAACUUAGCUUAGAGGGUGAUCUGAUGCUUCCAGAGCUAAUGAAGGGCUAAAUUUGUGAAAGUCUUCACGGUAUUAUGUCUAUACAUUCAAAUUAGACUAAGCUAUCGUACUUUGCACAUACAUUCUGUAUGUAGAUUUAAGAAAAACAAUUGCGAGCUCUCGUUCAAAGAAAAGACAAGAAGCACGCAAACUUGUUAAAGCAGCUAUCGAUUCUAGCAAAUUAUUCAUGGUAUAUCUCUGACGCGAUUUCUCUCGAAUCGUUAACCCAACUUUGUUUCAGGGUUACGCGUUGUGCGUCCUCGACUACGACUUCCUCAUCUUGGACAACGCGUUCCUGGUCCAUCGUCCUGGCAUCAAGAUAUUUAAGAAGGACCCACACCGCGAGAUGCUGACAGCGAAGACGAACGCUUUGAUAAGGAAGAUCAUCGUCCCGGAACUGAAAAUUCUCUACGGAACGAGGAAAGGCUGUGCCGUGUAG